AUGCUCGCGCUAUCAAAGAGCGUUCUAAACCAGGAACCACGAACACAGCUGAUUACCAGCAAUAUGCGCGCCGCUCAGUCACGCUGCUCGAGCGCCUCCAAGCCAUUGGCUACCACGUCGCGUUCGUCACAUUCUAUUGCGACCAAGAUCUUUAUGCAAGCCCACCCUUUCCAUCCUAAUGAAGGAAGCUCGAUAUCGCAAGCGUCCCAUCAGAUACAGCAGCUUCAACAGAAAAACGAGGCACUCGCACGCGGACUCGCUACAUGUCAAGCUCAUAUUGUUCAGCUAGAAGGGCGAACGACUACUAAGCAAUAUGAUGAUAUCGUUGCAGCGCACGCGCUUGCUAAAGAGCACGCCAAAGAUUUGAUCGCGAAGGUAGUUGCAUUAUCUGGCACAUGUAACCACCAGGAAGCCGUCAUCGCCGCUCAGGAUUGCAAGAUUGCCGAACUUCUACAGGAUCAGGAAGCCAUCAUCACCGCACGAGACUGCGAGAUCACCGAAUUUCUACAUGAUCAGGAACGAGACAGGAGCGCUCUUGAUACUUUACGCGGAAAGCGCCGAGCGGACCGUAAGACCAUAGAGGAUUGGUCACGAAGGAUCGCCGAACUGGAGGCGACAAUCCACGAGCAGUCAAGCACUAUUGCUAUACUUCGCAAGGACAAUAGUUGUUUGGAAGCCAAAGUCCACGGCUUAUCCGAAUUCGUCACCAAGAAAGAUGAGGAGCUAGCACGGCUGAAGCGAACUCUCGACUCAGCCGCUGCCAUGCAUGGAGACCAUGACGCCCCACCCAAAGGAAGCGACGUAGUUGCCUGCAUUUGCAAAGCCGAAUCAGUGAAGCAAAGUAGUACCUAUCGAAAGCUUUCCGACCAUUUCGCUGUAAAAAGCAAGCUCUGGGAAGAUACCGAGGAGAACAUCAAGCGUGCAGCCCUCAUCGCCCAAGCGGAGACUCGUAACAACCACGCGAACUGGGUGCAGAUCUUGCAGGAGAAGGACGCCGCCAUCGCUGGUCUAGAGAUCACACUAGACGCAGCAAUGGCCAAAGGAGACCUAGCCAAGCAUACCCAGCACGCCGUCAAGACGCAUCAAGCCUUGCGUAAGAAGAACGCGGCAUUGAGCAAAGACAACAAGGACUUGAAGACGGAUGUACAGAACCUACUCGAUGUCAACCAGUCGAAUGCAGAUCGACUGACCGCGUAUUUAAAGAAGUUAGAGACGCUGCAGGACGAACGGAUAGAUGCGGUCAACCAAGCUGCGCAGCUUACUGACCAACAGACGAAGCUUACCAAGUACGCUUCGGAUUUGCAGAAGGUCAUCGCUUCUGCAGCCGCCAAGGUAAACCAGGAAGAUGUCUCCAACAUUGCAGACUGCGUUCCACGAGCCACUGUUAACGGCAUCGUGGCAGAGGCUAUAGCGGAUUACUACGCGCAGGCAGAACAACUUCGUGCUCAGCUUCAGCAGGAGCAAGAGACACGUCGACACAUUCAAGCCAAAUUGGACCAGUGUGAUAAGGAUCUCUUCACAUACCAGACCGAGGAGCAAGAUUGCUUAGCGAAGGUAGCUGGGCUUGAACGCAAAGUGCAGUCACUGAAAGCACAGGAAAAGAUUCUCGAAGACCAAAUCCAGAACUGUCAUGCCUUGGUCAGCGCUACACACACCACCAGUAGCCCACAUGCUUUCGAAAUGCAUCGCCUGAUCCUCACCCAGAUCCACCCACUCCAGACAGAGAACAGGAAACUCAUCUCCGAGAAGUACGAACUCCUGAAAAAUGUCGAUAGGUUCAAGCUUGAGGCGCUCGAUACGCGCGCCAAGUGCGAACGCAGGAUCGACAACUACCGAGCAUGGUACAAAGACUUCGAGAUGCAUUACUGGCAUGUCGCAGUCGUCGAGCGUGAUAGCCUGCACGAAGAACUUGCGUAUUGGAAGAAGAAGAGUGGAAAGGAACAUUUCUACUCCUCCGCAGCUUCCAGUCGCUUGGUUCACGACAGACGCUUACUACAGUUUGCGCUACGCGAAGACCACGGCCUGACCAAGAGCAUGCUGCCUAAGGAGUACUUUGAUCCAGACUUCCUCAAGGGCUGCCACUCAGCAGUGGAGUUGGCUUUGCGUAAGCUCUGGCCGGACUUCUGGCAGUACUUGGAGGGACAUGCCGCGUGGGUGCCACUCACGGUUCCUCUACUCACGGGCGAGGGUGAGCUCGUCAUGGAUGAGGCUACUCGUGCGGCGUCGAACGCGCGCCUGGCGGAGUUCAAGAAGGAGCUUGAGGCGCUGGACGAAAAGCUCGAAGAGGCGCAUCGCAAAAUGUUCGACAUUGACGAUGGAUCGGACAGCGACGAGGAAGAGAAGACCGACAAAGAAGAUGAUUCUGACGGUAGCAAAGAACAUGUCGGCACGCCUCGCAAUACCCCAGGCUCGCACGACACGGAUGGUACGUCACCGCCUUCUAGCAAGCGCAGAUCAUAUGAGCGAGGAUACCCGAACGAUAGCACGAAGGUUGACGGCUGCCAUCCUGAUGAUGGCCAAAAUCCCACAGCGAUCGGAGAGGAAGAGGCGCGGGAGUUUGACGAGCUACCUGCAUUUGCAAAGACGAUGCUUGCGCGCAUCAGCGCUCACGAAGCCGAGAAUGAGCAACUUGCCGGUUACGUCGCUGACGAAGACAUCGAUCAAGACGCGUUCCUAGCGCAGUAUGGUCAGGGUAUUGCGGUUUCUCAAGACGGCAAUUUACUUAAACCGACCGAAUCUGUUCAAGUCGCUGCGCACGUCGAACAAAUAAGCAUCGACCGCCUGGACGUGAACGGUGAUGAUGGACGUACUCUUGAGCAACGAGUCGCUGAGGAAUAUGUGGAGGGUGGGCACAAUACGUUUUCUGAAGAGGAGUAUGAUGGCUUUGAUGAUGGGAUGAAGAAGAAGUAUCGCGAGGCUAUGGUAGAAGCCGUGGUCGAGGGCCUGGACUGA